AUGACCGAAUCAACUCCACCAAUUGAAGCCAGUCUCACGCCCGGCUCGGCGCCACAAUCCGAAACACCGGGUCCUGGUUCUGAGGCCAACUCGACGGCUCUGGAGCGGGUGCAGCUGCCACGCAUUUCAAUCAAGUUCUGCACGCAGUGCAAGUGGAUGUUACGGGCUGCAUAUUUUGCGCAAGAACUCCUUUCAACUUUCGGCACAGAUCUCGGUGAAGUCGCUCUCGUUCCUAUGACAGGCGGAGUCUUCACAGUAACCAUCUGGAGUGCCGGGCAACAAACAGCCUUGGGAGAGGCAUCAACCGAAGAGAGCAUUCUCUGGGACCGCAAGCGAGAUGGAGGAUUCCCUGAGGUGAAAGCUCUCAAAUCUCUCGUUCGCAAUGUCAUCGCCCCAAAUCGUGAUCUGGGACACACAGACAGAGCCCUGAAGAAGCAAGCAGAAGAGAAGAAACAGCAAGAACCCAAACAGGACGACGAACCCCUGACGGAAAAGAAGGAAUGCGAGGACUGCAUUUGA